AGAGAGGUAGAGCGAGAGAGAGAGAGAGAGAGAGAGAGAGAGAGAGAGAGAGAGGAAGCAUUUCCUUUUUCCUUUUGCAUCACACUGGAAAACUCUUCAUUAGAACGUGAAUAAACGGAGCUGGAGGAGGAUGCUUCAGAAACUCUGAUCUGCGGAAUAACUCCGGACGUCGCGUCAAAAACAACCGGACGGAUAAAGUUCAUCUCGGAUCCUGCAGCCAGACUUUGACGUAACUUUCCCUCGGACACCAGGAACCGACUGAGACUCUUCAUGGAGGAUUUCCCCGAGGAGGAAUAGAGAUUUUUGAAAGACAAUAAUUCUGGAUGUAAGAAAAGUUUUUGGGAAACAUUUCCAGAUGUGUUUUCUGGAGCAAACAGGAGCUGACUGAUGAAAUAUACUCACACCCCAAAGAGGAAAAGAAAAGUUCUCUUCAUUCCUUGGAUUUAAUAUAUAUAUCAUUAUCGUCCUUAUAAUAAACUUUCGAUCAACUUGACUAUUUCUGCUCCUCUGGGAUUGUUUUAUUCUAACAACCAGCUGAAUAACGGUGUUCCAUUGGAUGUAAGGACUCGUUCACACCGGAGGCGACAGAAUGAAGGAGCCGUUUUAAUUAAUAACAGCAGGAUUUUAUGGUGAACAUGUUAUUCAGGUGAAAUCCUUGGAAACUCGUCAGGGAAGCCCAAUGAGUGUCACACAGUCCACACUCACUGACAGGACUCCAAACAUUCUCAACAAGGAGCCCACAGACAAGAAGGCUAAGAAUGACAAAUCCCCCGUUUCCCUCAAACAUGAAUUUGACCCAACAGGUCUUGUCCAGCGUUGCGUGAUAAUCCAGAGAGAUGAAAAUGGCUUCGGGCUGACGGUGAGCGGAGACAACCCUGUGUUUGUGCAGCUGGUCAAAGAAGAUGGAGCUGCGAUGCGAGCUGGUGUUCAGACCGGAGACAGGAUCAUUAAGGUCAACGGGACCUUAGUCACACAUUCAAACCACAUAGAGGUUGUAAAGCUGAUCAAAUCGGGUUCCUAUGUGGCCCUCACGGUGCUGGGGAGGCCCCCGGGUCUCCCUCAGAUCCCCCUGGAGGAGGAGGAAGAGGGUGAGGGGGACGAAGGGGCCGAGCUCGGUUCACCCUCGUCUCUGUCGGUGCCUCACUCCCCUUUGCUGUCAGGUGUGGAGCCGUGCAGCCCUCAGGAGCACAGCGCCUCCCCUCUGCCUGAUGGGGAUGAGAUCAGAACCACACACGACCACAAGAUGGACAGUUUGAAGAAGAUGCUGACCAGACAGCAGCUGGACUUGGAGGUGAUGGAGGAGGAGUGCAGCAGGAACCCCCGACCGAACCUGGUGAAGGAGGUGCAGGAGGCGAAGAAGCAGAUCUCGCUGCUGCAGGAGCAGAUCAGCAGAGGUUUACAGGCUGCGUCCAGGAGCGGUGAGGAGGCCGAGGAGGGGGGGGACAGUGGGUCUCUGCUCAGGGAAACCACCUCGUCCUCGUGGGGGGACGGCGUCAACGACAGGCUCCAGACAAACAGUCACUCUUUGCUCAGCACUCCCCUCCCAGAGAGUCCCGGCAAAAGAGAGACGCCCUGUCAGAGCCCGGACAUCGGCCGGAGAGAAGGACUCAACCUCUGCUUGUUGCCCGACACUGAGGAUAACACUGACACUGACUCCGUUGCCCAGUGCAUUGUGGGUAGCCCUCCCUACCUCCUCCACCCCCAGAUCAUCGGGGCAGAAGACGACUACUUUGACUCUCAGCAGGAGCAGAUUAACGGACAGUGCAGCUGUUUCCAGAGCAUCGAGCUUCUGAAGACUCGGCCGGCUCACCUCGCUGUGUUCCUCCAUCAUGUGGUCUCCCAGUUCGACCCUUCACCUCUGUUGUGUUACCUCUACGCUGACAUGCACAAACAAACCAGCUCCAAAGAGAGUCGACGCUUCUUCAUGGAGUUCCACUCGCUCUUCAUGGACCGAACGGCGAAUCUGAAACUUCCAGUGCCGGAGACGAUUGCAGCUGAACUGGAGAAGCGGAGGCUGGAGUUGAUCCCAGAGGAGUUGUGUAAACAGUACACACAGCUGUUACAGGACUCGCUGCUGCCGGAUCUGCACAAGAACCUGGACGACUUCAGACAGAAGCGCAGUAUGGGUCUGACUCUGGCCGAGGACGAACUGUCCAAGCUGGACGUCGACGGAGGGAAAGUUCAACAGGGUUUAGAGAAGGAAUGUUCCUGUGCCGAACACAUCAUCUCCAAGAUAGAGGACAUCCUGUUGACGUCACCGCCUUCAGAGGAGGAGAAGUGUCAGACGAUGCAGUACGUGAUUCUCACCUACAUGAAGCACCUCGGGGUCAAAGUGAAGGAGCCGCGCGGACUUGAACACAAACGAGCACGAAUCAACUUCCUGCCCAAGAUCAAGAGGAGCAUCAAACCUGAGAAAGAAGGUGAGGAGAAGGUGAAGAAGCCCAGAUUCCCCAACAUCCUCGGUCCACCCAGACGCCUGAGCAGAGUGGAUUCAACGUCAGUGGGUAAAGCCGUUGAGCUGAACAAGCAGCGGUCACCAAAGCAGCCCUCCCAGCCGGCCGUCUGCAUCCCGGAGCAGCCGGACUCCUCCUCCUCCUCCUCCACCUCUUCCUCUGGACGGGUCCGUGGGAGUCUUCUCAGCGAGGGAUCGGACGCUGGGCUCCAUGUUUCACCUUCCACCACGUCCCCGAGUCACAGCUCGCCCUCGGCUCAGGCCUCGGACACCAGCGGACAGGACUCCGACUCCAAUCUGUCUCCUUUCCCCGUCCAGCCCAGACUGGGCGAGGGUCUGCAGACUGGAGACCAGCAGGAGAGCGUCGCCAGUCCCACUCAGUUCGACUUCAGCCCCUCCAACCUGGAGCAGCUGCAGGAGGAGGAGCAGGAGACGUUCAGUAGGAUGGAGCAGCCGAGUGCGGCGGCCACUUCAACCGACACCCAGAGCGAGGAGGACCAGGGAGCUGAGGCGGAGUGUGAGGAGGACCCUCUGACCUGGCAGGCUCUGGUCAGCCGCGGCGUCCUGGACAGUCUGACGCCGCAGGAGAUCAAACGGCAGGAGGUCAUCAACGAGCUGUUCUACACCGAGCGCGCCCACCUGCGGAUGCUGAAGGUGCUGGACUGUGUUUUCUACAAGAGGCUGAACAGACACGGCGUCCUCCCCCCCGACGACAUCAAACACAUCUUUAUUAACCUGCAGGAGAUUAUUCAGCUGCACGUUUCCAUAACAGAACAAAUGACGGCCACCAGGAAGAGGAGCGAGACGUCGGUGAUCGGUCAGAUCGGAGACGACCUGCUGGCCUGGUUCAGCGAGGACGAAGAGGAGAAGAUCAAACGAGCGGUGGGAACGUUCUGCAGUAACCAACCUUCUGCUCUGGAGAUCAUCAAGAACAAAAAGAAGAAAGACCAGAGGUUCAACUUGUUCAUGCAGGAAGCCGAGAGCAACCGUCUGUGUCGCAGGCUGCAGCUCAAAGACAUCAUCCCCGUUGAGAUGCAGCGACUGACCAAGUACCCGCUGCUACUGGACAACAUCGCCAAGUACACAGAGGACGGUGAGGAGAGGGAGAAGGUGAAGAAAGCUGGUGAAUGUUGUAAAAAGAUCCUGAACCACGUCAACCAGGCUGUGAAGGAGGCCGAGAACAAACAGAGGCUGGAGGAUUAUCAGAGGAGGUUGGAUCUCUCGUCUCUCAAGCAGAGUGAAAACCCCAUGAUCCUGGAGCUGAAGAAUCUGGACCUGACCAAGAGGAAGAUGGUGCACGAGGGACCUCUCUCCUGGAAAGUCAAUAAAGACAAGACCAUCGAGCUCUACACUAUUCUGCUGGAGGACAUUUUGGUUUUGCUGCAGAAACAGGACGAGCGUCUGAUCCUCAAGUUCCACGGGAAGAAUCCGGCCAGUGCCACCGACACCAAGAACAUCUUCAGCCCCAUCAUCAAACUCAGCACUGUACUGGUUCGUCCUGUGGCUACUGACAACAAGUCGUUCUUCGUGCUCUCCAUGUCGGACAACGGCGCUCAGAUCUACGAGCUGAUGGCUCAGACCGUGUCCGAUCAGAGAAUGUGGCAGUGUCUGAUCACGCAGUGUGCUGAGGCCAUGAAGGACAAACCCCCCCACAGCGACUCAGCUCCAGCUCAGACCGAUGCCGAGCGAGAUGCCAUCGAGAUCAUCAACGGUGGAAUGAACCAGUCGAGCAAAGAGUCCAACGGGUCAACGAGCUCAGAAAAAGAUGCCGUCUCCUCUCCAGAGACUCAAACUCCACCGGUGACCAUCGGCCCCUUUAACGGCCUGAAAUCAGAGGAUGAAGAGGAGGAGCUGGCUGCGGCCGACCGACAGGAGGAAGAGGAGGAGGAUGAAGAGCUGGACGAAGCAGAACUAGAGGCCUUCCUGGACGGACAGCUGGCCGACAGACUGCAUCAGGAGGGCUCGCGUCAGGGAAUCGCCAUUGAAAACCUGGAGGAGGACGAGUUCGGCGUUCCCCCGUCCAAAGCUGAAGACGCUCUCAGGACGUUGGCAGUGCUGAAGCAGGCGCUCUUCAACCACAUGCUGAGCAGGGAGGCGGAGGAGGAGAAAGAGGAGACGGAGGAGUUGAAGCCCAGUGGGGCCCCCGGGUGUCAGCGGGGGGGCUCCCUGUCUGGGAGCCACGAGGGGCCGAUGGGUGACGAGAGCCAGACGUCUUCAGGUUCUCCCCCGGACGACUCACAGCUCCCGUCUGAACUCACCGGCAUGUCGGAGGCAACCGAACGCAACGGUGGUUUUAUGGUUCUGGACUUCGGCGCAGGCUCCGAGGAGAGCAGCACUGACGAUGACGGGGGAUUGGAAGGCGACGUGGGGAUCGACAUGAGGAAGCUGCUGUCCUCCUCCUCGCAGACAGGGGGCGGUGGUCCUAACCUCAGCCGGCAGCUUAUGACUCACCUGCGCCUCCUACAGGCCGACCUGCAGCAUCUGAAGGAGGUGGAGCUGAAAUACAACGAGCUGCGACAAACACACAAUGACACAACUACUGACUCGGACGACAACAACGACGCGACCCAGUGACGAUGGACUCGUCUCCCUCUCGUCCCCGUAGGAGCCAGGUCCACGUUCCUCCAUGAUCCCUCUCCUCCGGAUCUCCAGCCUCUGAACACUUGAACAAUGGAGGACUCGUGUGUCUCUGCUCCGGCUUCAGGCACACAUGACAAUCAGUGGAUCAUUUUUCACCAUCAGCGUUGAUCCAGGUUUUUUGCUCCUGAGACUUUGGAUUCACCGGAGGACAAUUCAGUCACUUUUUGCUUUAAUAAUAAUCAUCUACAUAAGUUAUCUUUAAACACUGGAUGUAUGAAAAGGAAAAGUGGAGGGUGUGAAGUCGCACAGAUGCACAUCAGAGGAGGAGAAGAGACUCUGACAGAAGGAUCCUCUGAUGUAGGACUCGGGAGCACUGCUGUAAGCUUGAUGUAAAUGUCUGUAAUAAGAGAUGAGCUGAACCUCACGCUACAUAUACGUUUAAACACACAAUGCUUAUUUUAUACACACUUUAAUAUCUUCUCCACAAACUGAUUGGGUUUCUAAAAAUCAGCAAAAUUCAUAUAAUAAGUUCACCCCCCCCC